AUGGCCUACCUUGACGAGCUAGCCAGCGGGAGGAACGGCGAGCGUGCCCCGGGGCACCGCUAUGAGCACGUCCGCGUCAGCGACAAUGCUAGGGCCCAUCUAGGCGACACGUACCACAGCGACACAUACCACGUCGGGCUCGAGGACCCGUUCAGUCGUCUGCCACAUGCCGAAGACGCGCCCUUUAACGCAUACAGCAAGCAGCACGAGCCCAAGUGUCUGCCCGACACGCGUAUCGACCUCUUGAAAGUCAUACAUAGCUGGGCGGAUAGGCAAGACCAGCGCUGCAUCUUCUGGCUGAGCGGGCUGGCGGGGACGGGCAAGUCAACGAUCUCGCGGACAGUGGCGCGCAGCUACUACGAUGAGAAGCGUCUGGCAGCCAGCUUCUUCUUCUCGCGCGGUGGCGGCGACGUCAGCCACGCAGGCAAGUUCGUGACGAGCAUCGCGGUGCAGCUUGCGCACAACGUGCCAGCAUGUCGGGAGCACAUCUGCGAAGCAAUCGCAAGCCGCCGCGACAUAGCCAGCCAGUCCCUGGGCGACCAGUGGCAGCAUCUCGUUGUCCGUCCACUGUCACUGCUAGGGGGACUGUCCUCGUAUGUUCUGGUGGUCGAUGCGCUCGACGAGUGCGAUAACGACAACAACAUCCGCAUCAUCGUGCAGCUGCUGGCUGAGGCUCGAACACUCACGAGAGUCCGGCUGCGAGUGUUCCUCACAAGCAGGCCGGAAGUGCCGAUCCGCCACGGGUUCUACCAGAUCGCGGAUGCGGAGCACCAGGACUAUGUGCUGCACAACAUAUCGCCGUCGGUCGUCGAUCAUGACAUUUCUGUCUUCUUGGAAUACAACUUCGGCCUUAUUGCGCAAGAAUGCUGCCAAGCUGCAGACUGGCCAGGCCAGGUGGUCAUCAAAAAGUUAUGCCAGAGCGCAAGCGGUCUCUUCAUCUGGGCUGCAACCGCCUGUCGGUUCAUUCAACAAGGUGAGCCCUAUUCGAAAGUACAGAAAGCAAGAAAAGAAGAAGUGGUACAGCCUGAUCAAAGAGACUCUUGGAGUGAUCGUACUCCUGUUAUCGCCGCUUCCUACAUCUUCGCUGGCCAAGUUGCUCCAAAUUCCUGUAGAGAGUGUUCAUCGAAAGCUAUAUGA